AUGCAGGGCGUGUCUAAAAACAAGCUAUCAGAACUCCAAACGAUUAUAACUCGGAUGCCAUUAGAAGUGUUCUGUGUAACCGCACUCCCCGAGUUUGGUGUCCGAUGGAAGGAACUAUCCAAAGCUGUCCGCAAUGCACGGUUACCGAUGCAGCCGGCCAGUGUAGCCAGGGUGUUGUGCAGACAUGUAUCCAAGGCAUUGACAAUUGAUGAAAUUGAAGAUAUCGUUGCGAGGUUGCGGUUGAAAUUGGUAGCCACCCAGCCUCGCAUGUGGCACGUGAUAAGACUCUGGGAGAAGACCACGGAGGAACCAGUCACCGUCACCAUGAGAGCAGUCCCCGGCAGGAUCACACAGGCGUUGAGAAAGAGCAAGAAGACCAUGAGGCCAGAGGUACAAACAGUCCUCUUAGGUGACAUGCUGUACCUCAGCAUACAACUUGUUUCCGAACACAAGUCGGGCUCCGCCCUCUAUGUGGCGACGCCCCCCGGGGAGCCCGUGGCAUUGGUCUCCAGCGUCAACAUGGUUGGACUGAUCAAGGCUACUGUCGAAGGGCUAGGGUACAAGUCUUACGAAAUCGCAGACCUCCACGGCCGCGAUAUACAAUCCCUCCUUCGCAUAAAUGACCGCGCCUGGAAUGCGAACGCCGACCACCUAGCGGAGAUCCCCGAAUACGCCCCUACUCCAGUAAUCACCGAAACUGGCAUAGAUUACACAUACAAAGCGUAUGAUGAAAACUACGUGGAAAAUAUCCUUGGACCGGAUCCGCCCAAAAUAACGGAUUUAACGAUAAAAACUUCUAAAUCUUUCUUCGAUAGAAGUCGUUUGGAUAAGAAUAUUAAUAUGACUAUUCAGAUCAAGACUGAAGACUUGGCGAAAUCCUUGAAAUCUUGGGUUUCCAAAGGUGCUAUAGCUCCGACGUCGGAUUUGAUUAAAAUCUUUCAUGAAAUUAAAUCUAAUAAGAUUAGUUAUACUAGGGACGAUGAUUGA